UCCCCUCCCACUCGUGAUGCCCCUGUCCCCCCCACCCAGGUUCUCGGUGAAGACCCUGCUGGAGAAGUACACGGCAGAGCCCAUCGACGACUCCUCCGAGGAGUUUGUUAACUUCGCUGCCAUCCUCGAGCAGAUCCUCAGCCAUCGCUUUAAAGGCCCCGUCAGUUGGUUCAGCUCGGAUGGGCAGCGCGGGUUUUGGGAUUACAUCCGCCUGGCCUGCAGCAAGGUCCCCAACAACUGCGUCAGCAGCAUCGAGAACAUGGAGAACAUCAGCACCUCCAGGGCCAAGGGCCGGGCCUGGAUCCGCGUGGCACUGAUGGAGAAGCGCAUGAGUGAGUACAUCUCCACAGCCCUGCGGGACACACGGACCACCAGGCGGUUUUACGACGACGGGGCCAUCAUGCUGCGGGAGGAGUCCACGGUGCUGACGGGGAUGCUCAUCGGGCUCAGCGCCAUCGACUUCAGCUUCUGCCUGAAGGGCGAGGUGAUGGACGGGAAAACGCCCGUGGUCAUCGACUACACACCCUACCUGAAGUUCACGCAGAGCUACGAUUACCUGAGCGAGGAUGAGGAGCGGGGCAGCGUGGAGAGCAGCACGAGCGAGGACAGCUCCCCCGAGCACCCCUACCUGCCCCUGGUGACCGACGAGGACAGCUGGUACAACAAAUGGCGCAAGAUGGAGCAGAAAUUUCGCAUCGUUUAUGCCCAAAAGGGGUACCUGGAGGAGCUGGUGCGGCUGCGGGAGUCGCAGCUGAAGGACCUGGGCGGAGAACAAGAGCUGAAGGCCCGGGAGGCGGAGAACAAGCGGCUGAAGCUGCGCCUGGAGGAGGUGAUGGUGCAGAACCAGCUGGAGAAGAGGGAGCUGGAGGGCGUCAUCCUGGAGCUGCAGGAGCAGCUGACGGGGCUGAUCCCCUGCGAGAACCCGCAGCUGGCCCAGCUCUCCAAGGAGAUGGUGACACCCCUGGUCAACCAGUGGCCCUCGCUGGGGACCCUCAAUGGCAAUGAGAGCGGCUCGGACACCAAGCUCUACCGGAG